CACUCGUUUGAAGUAGAGAGUUUCACAGCAAUGUAGGGUGUUUCCGUGAUCAAGCGUUUGACUCAGAAAAAAGAACAUUGUAUUUGGAUUGAAAUUCAUCAUGAUUUCGAUCGAGAAGGAAUACAUUUUUUCCUUAAGAAAUGAGUUUAAAUCUUUUGGUUGCGCCUGUAGAAGUGGGGGCGAACUUAAUUUUUUUCAGGAGGCUAACUAUAAAAGGUUUAGACGGGGGAACUUGCAAAUGAGUCAGUUGCCCUAAGAUUUUCAGGACACUUACGAUAAACAGCUAAACGAGAAGAAGACUACUACUUGCUACUCCACAUACAUAACUACUAUACAUAACUAGCUCAUACUUUUCGAUGGAGAUCAAGUUAAGACUUCGCGAGAUCGUCAUGCUACAAUGAGAUGUUCAUGUGACCUUUGCAGAGCGAAGUGCGCAAUACAAUUUUUAAAGACAGCACUUAUCAACUGUGGAGCAAGUUUAGCAAGGAAGGAGAUGGUAUUAUGAAGAGGAAUCCCAACGAUGGCAAAGUGAGUUGCAACGGAAGAGAUCAAAAUAGUGAUCAUCAAAAUAGUAAGUAGACUUUUAUGCUAACAUACAUCAUGUACCUUUAACAUGCACGAAAACAUUUGUUGUAAAAUGAUUUUUAAAAACCGUACAAAGAAUCUGGCUACGUUUUACCCUAAUAAGUACCAUAAGAGUGCAAUCAGGUAUGCUUUUGACUGUCGCGAUGAAACGUCGGGCCCCUCUAAUUAGAUCGCGCAUAACUGUUUGUACAGUGUAUAUGUCGUUUGAACCCAAUAACAUAUCUCAAUGGGUUAGCAACGUGUCGUUCUCGCUCCACGAUAUAACUAAGUAUAGAUGCACUCUAUGGUUGCCUCCUUUCAUUUUUUUUCUCUUAAUCGUUAGUAGUUCCAAUACCAUAAGUUGAUUUAUUUUUCUGUUCUCGUUUAACAAUUAUAUUACUUGAAUCUUCGUUGAGGCCUGAGGAUUAAAAUUUGGGGUUAUGCGCAUUUAAUGACAAACUUCCAUCAAGCUAGGUUAAAAGUCAGACCGAAUUUUUCACACAUGGGCUUUGACUUUAAAAUUUUCGUUUUCUUCCAUUGUGAUCAUAGUGACUACUAGGGAUAAAACACAAGGGAUAAACGACCCACCUUGUUAUGCCUUCCUAUUCGACGAUAAAUACGCAAUGAAAGGAAAUGGAGAAGGACAACCAAUCACUACCGUAGUAAGGAACUACUUUUAAUCUAGCGUUUAUUAAUUCAUUUGUUCAUAAAACAAAACAAACAGAAGAUUAACGUCAACAAAACCUAAAAAAACUGAUAAUGUACUUCUUUAUUGCCUCUCUAAUUGACGUAUCGAGACAUACGUUGUGGCAAACAACUGGUUAGCAACUACAAUAACUAGACAGCUUGGUUGUCUCUGACCACCAGAUGACGCGUCUUUUAGUCACGUCUUUACGUGACAAGCAUUGCGACAAUUGCUGCGAUUUCAUAAAUUGACAGUGUUUUACUGUGGUCUGUACUCUUAUCGCCAACAAUAUUCGUCAUGACAGAGGUCAAAAUGUUGUGGACUCACGUGGCGCAGCCGAGUGAGUCUGUAACAUAUUGACCUCUGAGGAAUCGAACCCCAGACCUUCGGAUUCCGCGCUCCCUUGUUUUACCAAACAGCCACAGAGACUCUACGGUAGGUGAGGCCUAUUACGAAGUUCAUAUGACACGCGUCCUGCAUACUGCUAGGAUCAGUAAUGUCAAUAGCGUCAUACAGAAGAGAUGGUAGGUUUUAAAGAAAUAGAGAAAGAUGUUUUUCGUCUUGCCACGAGUGUAGAACGAAGAAAAAAUUCUGAGUCCCCAUGAAGAAUCGAACCUCAGACCUUCGGAUUCCGCGCUAAAACACUGUCGAUUGAUAUCGACGUCAAAAACGUCAAUUAAAAUGAAUAUUGUAGUGCGUGACCGUUGCGUGAUACAUUAACGUUAUCGCGAGGAAGCUUUGUCUGUAGCGUAAUCGACAGAGGCAGAUUGACCGAUCAGAUUGCGAAAUUGCAACCAAUUUUGGUUAAAAUAUAGUUUCAAACAGAAUGCGCGCGUGCAACAUUAAAUCGCGCGUGUUAAACUUAUCAAUUGAUUAUGAUGAGCCGAAUGUUCAGCGAAGUAACUUCUGAUUCAACGCUAUUUCCAAUUUGCAAGGGAAAAGAUUCGAGUGAUUACAAGGGCAAGAGCGUGGUAUUUGAACCCCAAUACCACGGGGGCUACACGAUGCUCAAGCUUUAUGGCACCAAACUCUACGUGGGAUGCGACCGCAAGGGCGUCACAACUCUGAUGAAAAGUGUUGAUCAUACCAAUCCGAGUCCUAAGAUUCUUUUCCUUGCCGAACGAGUGCGUUAAUUUCAAAAGACAACUAGUGAGUCAUUGCUCUUUCUUCCUCGUGAAUUACGCAUUUAUGUAGCUAUUUCCAAGUAAGACAUAGAGACAUACCUUGCGUAACAGAUCAAGAGCCACGGGUUGAGCAGCUCAUGUUAUCUUGCUUUUAUUAGAUUUAGUUGUUAGGUUUUUGUCUUUAUGGUAAAUUUAGAUUCUUUUUUAUCACAUAAUUGUGUCAUCAAUUAGACACGCAAAUAUCCGUGAGGGAGAUCUAGUUCUAAAAGCUAAUUAAACGUCAUUCUCAAUCUGUUAUUAUAACUGCAUAAUGCACUCUAAUCGCAUCACGUCACAUCGUAUACAGUGUAAUUGGAAUUGUUACAUGUGACCAUUGUAUAAGACAGCCAGUGUCGUAUUAGCCAAUCCAUCGCUUAUUGUCUCAUCCUUCGGUCAGCCUUAUUUUAUUAAUUUCAAUUAAACUACGUGUGAUCAGGUUCCCCUUACAUGGAACAAUGAUUCCCUCGCUUUUAACAUGUGAUAUCCUCGCUAACACUGUAAUGACGCUCAACUAGUAUCUAAGAGAUACGGACUGAGGUCCAAUCUAAACUUGAGGUUUAUUUAGAUUUAUUCGAAUUGCAGUUAACAUAUAAUGAUCCAACCUUUUCUUAUUGUAAAUUGCUGUUAUAACCUUGGGUCCGAUAAUGAUGAGUUGAAAACAACAUUUUAAAGGCUUCAUAAAAUAUUUUUCUAAAUUAAAGUUGUUUCUUGGAAUAUGGAGAACACAAAUGCCCAUUGCUAUACAAAACUUAGGAUCAAUAAAUUGCUUUUAGCUUGAACAUAGUGUUUUUCGAGUCAUUUAAUUGCUUUGUCGUGCUUAUAUGCUUUCAUUUUAUCAUACUCUAAUCGAAACAGAUUGAUUUUUAAAAUCGAAAGAAAAGACACCUACGCAUGAAUGUUCUUUCUAAUGGAAACACUGGUUUAGGCAGUUUUUGCAGGUAUGAGAGUGACAAACCUUUAAAUGUCUCAAAAACUUGGGACAUUUCCUCUGCCAUGAUAAAAUACAUUCGCACGUUCGGUAAUUACAAUGUCCUUCUUUGAAUCAUUUACAACACUUUCUCAGACAUAGGUAACCACCUAGUACGAACACUUUUAAGUGCACGUUCCCUUCAUACUUGUCCACAAAAUAAAAUCCAAACACAACAUUUCUAGAUUUGGUCGAGCGUGAAAGCUUAGCUCCAGUUGGUUAAUGCUGAUACCCUCAGAAGCAGCUUGGCCAUCAAAGUCGCUAUUUUAGAAGUUAAAACUGACUUCACCAUGUAAAAACAGGAAAAACACUCAGGGAAAAACCUUGUAUUAAUGUCAGUAUCUGAGCAACUAUGCACCUACUCUUUCCCAACCCAACAACAGUCAACUUAUAUCAAAUUAGGGUCAAUGUUGGGUUAGGGGAGGAGUAGGUGCACAGUUGAUCAGGCUGAGACAGAUCCAAAAUUUUUAAACACGUGACUUGCUAAUUACUGACAGAAUUGCUAAUCACUUAUAGAAAUAAGAUUUUUAAAACUCGCCUGAAGUUAUGCAUAAAAACAAAUUUUUCUUCUAUAUCAUUAAGUUAAAAACACUCCAAAUAUAGCCUCUAACUACUAAUUGAAUUACCGUAAUUACUAACCCUCAUCAUCACUCAAGCACAAACCGGCCUAUCUUGUAAAUCCUUUCCCUUCCUCUAAGUCUUCGUUUUGCUUCAGCUUCUGUCGUAUCUGUAGGAAAGUACAUUUGUAACAUUGUAUUAUACACGUAGUGAAGAGCUAAAUACCUUUACAGGGUCGGUCAUUCGCUCAAGGCCAGUUUUAAACGGCCAAUUUUAUAAUUUGGGUCGAGAAAAUUUAUCAAAUCCUCUUUAAUAUUAUUUGAUAUCCUUAGAUAAUUUUCUGAGUCAUUGAUUUAUUAGCUAGCUCAAAUAGAUGAGCCAGAAUAAAUUAUUUGUCUUCUCCAGUCAACAUCCGAACUUCCGCUUGGAAUUAAGUUAUUCAAAGGACAUACUUGCUUAUAGUUUUUUUUUUUAUGGAAUGACUUUUAUAAGUUGUUG